UUGACCGGCUGAUACGUACGGCUUUGUACGGGUUUUAAUCCGACUACCAAUUUCCUGUUUACUCACCUGCGGAAGCAAUAUUUUUUUUAUCAAAUGACAACAAAAUAAAUGAAUUAUUUCCAGAUUUUAGUUUAUUUUCUAGGGCUGAUUGCAUUUGGAUCAGCCCUGGAAUGUUAUGUGUGUAGAGAGCAACCAGACAACAGGGAUAAAUGUAUAAAGACAACAAUUCAGUGCCGCGAACAUCAAGAUACUUGCAGAAGUUUCAUACACUGGAGACAGCCGAAGUACUGGACGCCACGCAGUGAACGUAUCUAUUCUAUAGAUAAGUCCUGUGCUGUACGGGCAAGUUGUGAACAGGAACAGAAAACACUUGGUCUGGAAUGUAUGAGGAACUGGUAUCGUGACUGGAAAUGUACUGAAUGUUGUCAAGGUGAUAGGUGCAACUACUAUGUUACGUUAGGAGCAUCUGGUGUAAAGUUCAGCCUGGGACUGCUGGUAUCAGCCUUCACCUUACUUCAGAUUAUUCUGCGGCUCAGAUAAUCAACAGUGAGCUCUGGAAAAAGCAACGUCUCUUUAAAGCAAGAAUACACAAGCUUGUAAGUGAAGUAAAUAAAAUGGAAACAAAUCUCUGGAUAGUUGUGAUGAUAUUUCAUAUAGACAACCAGAACAUUUUCUGCAGAGAAAAGGAUUGAUAAUAUUUAAUAUCUUGUAGAACAUGAAAUGAUUGAAUGACAUAUGGGAAAAUCUUGAACUUUGUCAUAAUAUAUAAAAAUAUAUACCACUACGAAGAUGGAAUUACUCAGCAGGAAGAUCUGUAUAUUAAUCAGAAACUGUAUAUUUAUAUAUAAUUGUUAACAGAUUUACAUAUCAAAACUUCUUGGUUGUGAUUAGAUGGGAAAAGUGUAAAUAGCAAGAAAUUCAGUUUGAAAGAAAACAUUGGUUCUUGAAUUUUAUUUUUUUUUCGAUUUAUUAUAAUUUUACCAUUUUGUCGGGUUCUAAGUGGAUGGCCUCAUUAUUCUUGUCAGAUUGUUUUAAAGAACAUUGAGGAUACCAGGCCUUGUUUUAAGUUUUCUAAAUAAAUUACAGUGUACAUUAUGCAUGAAACAUGCAGACCAAUCUUAAUAAGUUUUAUUAUCUAUUUAUUGUAUUUUUGCAAAAAAUAUUUAUGAAUAAUUCACGAUUAAGUAAGACUAAAUUUUUGCAGUAUUUUUUAUAGAAAAAAAAAGACAAAUAAGUGAAGACCACAUUCUAAACAUUCUGCACUUUUUCGGAUGGUCUGCAGAAUGAAAGCAAAUUUCAGAACCUUUCAACGACAUUAUGUUUGAUUCAUAUGUACAUGUAUAUACUAUUUUUUAUACAUUCCACUGUUUAUAUAUAAUAUUAACAUAUCGCAAUGUAAAUACUGUAGUAUUUUUAUACAUCAGUUUUAUAUACUAACAUAUCAUGUAUAUUUUAUCAUUUGUAAAUAGUGUCAUUUUGAAUAGUGUUUCAAACAAGGAGCAUCUCUCACACAUGUAGUUUUUGAUUCUCUUUUUUUGGCGAGAAUCUGCAAAAAAAGAAGUCACAGACUCCCAACACAUUUACUUUUUGAAUGAUUUUAAUUAUAAACAACUUAAUAAUAUGUACCAAUGCCAUCUCUACUUUAAUCUGCGUUUAGCAGCCUUAAUAUUUAGUACUGGAUACCAUUGUUUCUGUAUGAAAUUAAUAUUAUUAUUAUUUUUAAGCAUUUUUAGAUGGCAAAUGUUAUAUCAGGUUAACAUCAUUCUUGUUUAAAAAUCAAAAUCGAAGAAGCAAUAAGCUUGAUAAGUCAUUUGUAUACUGCUCAUUUUAAAUUUAUAUUGUUGUUGUGGCAAAUAAACUAGAUGCUCAGUGAAACCCGUUUAGUAUUUAGGAAAAAAUAAAAACAGGUUACUGGUUAACAGAUAUUUUCCAGCAUGUCUGACAAGAGUUUACAGUAAAUUGUAUUUUCACUGAUGUUUGAUAACAGUGGAUGAAGGAUAAUUUGCAUACAAUAACUGACGUCACCAGAAACUACAUUUAUGAAUUGACUUGUAAGUUCUUACACUACCUUAUAAAAAUAGUGUUUUAAAAAUCUUCAAUUUGUUUAAAAAAAGAUAUGCAAGAUAAGAAUCUGUUACAGGUUGUGUGAAGAAAAAUAAUUACACAACCUCUGUAUUUAGUUGCUAUGAUUCUUUUUUUUUUUUGCCUUUUGCACAGUAUAAUUAUCAUUGUCUCCAUCACUGUGCAGACCAUAUCAAUAAAGACAUUUUUAUAUCGA